AUGAGCCUAACUCAGGCAAAGGGUGGUCUGUUGUCCGUGUCAGAUAAAGAACUACGAGGGGUAGUUCUAUCCUAUCUGCUCUAUCACGGUCAUAAAGAUACUGCGCGGAUAUUUGCGAGUCAGAUCUCGCACAGAGAGGAUGCUGAAAGUAUAGACCGGUGUCCAUUGUGGCUCCCAAAGAGCUCUUCUGGCGAUGCUAGUGGCGAAAACAACCCACAGCCGUCGACCCACGAGGCAACACCGGCCCUAGACCACGCAUCAUUGCCAGAACGAGACAACGAUGAUCAGGUAUCAAAUAAUACGAAAGCACCUCAUCCAAAGGAAAAUAUUACGACCGAUAUAAAAAUCAGCCCCGUAUCAGACAAUGUACUCGUUGACGUCGAGGUCAGGCGCAAAAUUAGGCAAACCAUAUUGUCUGGAAAUAUUGACGGCGCAAUUGAACUCAUUAACCACCAUCUCCCGACCUUCCUUCCAGUUAACACUCCAACUGGUGGCGUAUACAACACGACGUCCAAAGCCCCGAAUGGUUCUCACGAACUGUCAACUCUAACUAAUGGGAGCUCGCCUACUCGCCAGGAUAGCCCUCCUCGAUCGCCCACUCCUGUCUCCACUCCUGUUAAAACACAAUUUGUGGAAGCCGUCCGUACCGUUCCACUUCCGCCAAGCACUAAAGGGCAUGAAGAAGCGCCGCUAAAGCCGCAAACCAAGAUAGGGGGAGUGGAGGACGCCAAGAUGGAAACUCCAGGCUUGGCCAAAGAUCAAGAUCACAAAGGUUCUUCGUCGGCCCAACUGUCGUCCGAGGCCCGCCAAGACGCCUACUUCAACUUGCUUCAGGGCUCUACCAGAUAUCAAAGUUAUCAUGUCCCAGCGAUCGUGAAGUUUACGCGAAGGAGGUUGAACAGAAUCAUCGCUGGCGCCCCUUAUUUAUCCAUGAGUAGACGAGAGGCGGUGGCAGAUCAGUCAAUAGUGCAAUGUUGUAUCUGGGCCCAAACGGCGAAGGUCGUGUGGGAUCAGGUUGCAGCGAUGCAUGCACCCAUGCCUCGGAUAGAUGAAAUACCAGUUGAUGUGACGAUGUAUGCGAGAUAUGUUGUCCGAAGUACAGAAGGUGAAGACCAGGCGCAAGAAAACUUGGCUGUUCCUUUUGAUUUUCACUCGCUGGCACAGGCUUGA